GCAUGUCUAUGUACUCUACUCCCUGCUCUGCAGUCUGGUCCGGUCUGCAGUAUGUCUGCAGUCUCUGUUCAUCCCCUGUACUGUGUCUGCAGUCUCUGUUCAUCCCCUGUACUGUGUCCGCAGUCUCUGUUCAUCCCCUGUACUGUGUCCACAGUCUCUGGUCAUCCCCUGUACUGUGUCUGCAGUCUCUGGUCAUCCCCUGUACUGUGUCCGCAGUCUCUUGUCAUCCCCUGUACUGUGUCCGCAGUCUCUGGUCAUCCCCUGUACUGUGUCUGCAGUCUCUGGUCAUCUCCUGUACUACGUCCGCGGUCUCUGGUCAUCUCCUGUACUAUGUCCCCAGUCUCUGGUCAUCUCCUGUACUGUGUCCGCAGUCUCUGGUCAUCUCCUGUACUAUGCCUACAGUCUCUGGUCAUCUCCUGUACUGUGUCUGCAGUCUCUGGUCAUCUCCUGUACUAUGUCUGCAGUCUCUGGUCAUCUCCUGUACUGUGUCCGCAGUCUCUGGUCAUCUCCUGUACUAUGUCUGCAGUCUCUGGUCAUCUCCUGUACUGUGUCCGCAGUCUCUGGUCAUCUCCUGUACUAUGUCUGCAGUC